GCGCGCCCUGCACCGCGCGGCGUGUCAGUGCGGAGGGAGGGCGAGCGGGCGGCGCGGCGGCGGACGGGGCGAAGAUGGCGGCCUUCUCCGAAAUGGGUGUUAUGCCUGAGAUUGCACAAGCUGUGGAAGAGAUGGAUUGGCUUCUCCCAACUGAUAUCCAGGCUGAAUCUAUCCCAUUGAUCCUAGGAGGAGGUGAUGUACUUAUGGCUGCAGAAACAGGAAGCGGAAAAACUGGCGCUUUCAGUAUUCCAGUUAUCCAGAUAGUUUAUGAAACUCUGAAGGACCAACAGGAAGGCAAAAAAGGAAAAACAACAAUUAAAACUGGUGCUUCGGUGCUCAACAAAUGGCAAAUGAACCCAUAUGAUAGAGGAUCUGCUUUUGCCAUUGGGUCAGAUGGUCUUUGUUGUCAAAGCAGAGAAGUAAAGGAAUGGCAUGGAUGUAGAGCUACAAAAGGAUUAACGAAAGGGAAACACUACUAUGAAGUAUCCUGUCAUGACCAAGGAUUAUGCAGAGUUGGGUGGUCUUCCAUGCAGGCUUCCUUAGACCUAGGUACUGACAAGUUUGGAUUUGGCUUUGGUGGAACAGGAAAGAAAUCCCAUAAUAAACAAUUUGAUAAUUAUGGAGAGGAAUUCACUAUGCAUGAUACCAUUGGAUGUUACCUAGAUAUAGAUAAAGGGCAUAUCAAAUUCUCCAAAAAUGGAAAAGACCUUGGUCUGGCAUUUGAAAUACCACCACAUAUGAAGAACCAAGCCCUCUUUCCUGCCUGCGUUUUGAAGAAUGCUGAACUAAAAUUUAACUUCGGUGAAGAAGAAUUUAAGUUUCCACCAAAAGAUGGUUUUGUUGCUCUUUCUAAGGCGUUGGACAGUUAUGUCGUCAAAUCACAGCACUCAGGUAACGCGCAGGUGGCGCAAACAAAGUUUCUUCCCAAUGCUCCAAAAGCUCUCAUCGUCGAGCCCUCCCGAGAGUUAGCUGAACAAACUUUGAAUAACGUCAAGCAGUUUAAGAAAUAUAUUGAUAAUCCUAAAUUAAGGGAGCUUCUGAUAAUUGGAGGUGUUGCAGCUCGGGAUCAGCUCUCAGUUUUGGAUAAUGGGGUAGAUAUAGUCGUUGGCACUCCAGGAAGACUAGAUGAUUUGGUGUCAACUGGAAAGCUAAACUUAUCUCAAGUUAGAUUCCUGGUCCUGGAUGAAGCUGAUGGGCUUCUUUCUCAAGGUUACUCUGAUUUUAUAAAUAGGAUUCACAAUCAGAUUCCUCAGAUUACCUCUGAUGGAAAAAGACUUCAGGUGAUUGUUUGCUCUGCUACUUUGCAUUCUUUUGAUGUAAAGAAACUGUCUGAGAAGAUAAUGCAUUUUCCCACAUGGGUUGAUUUAAAAGGAGAAGAUUCUGUUCCGGACACCGUACACCAUGUUGUUGUCCCAGUGAAUCCCAAAACUGACAGACUCUGGGAAAGGCUGGGAAAAAACCACAUUCGAACUGAUGAAGUACAUGCAAAAGAUAACACAAGACCUGGUGCUAACAGUCCAGAGAUGUGGUCUGAAGCUAUUAAAAUCCUGAAGGGGGAGUAUGCUGUCCGGGCAAUCAAGGAACACAAGAUGGAUCAAGCAAUUAUUUUUUGUAGAACAAAAAUUGACUGUGAUAACUUGGAGCAGUAUUUUAUGCAACAAGGCGGAGGACCUGACAAAAAAGGACACCAGUUCUCAUGUGUUUGUCUUCAUGGUGACAGAAAGCCUCAUGAGAGGAAGCAAAACUUGGAAAGAUUUAAGAAAGGAGAUGUAAGAUUCUUGAUUUGCACAGAUGUAGCCGCCAGAGGAAUUGAUAUCCAUGGUGUUCCUUAUGUUAUAAAUGUCACCUUGCCUGAUGAAAAGCAAAACUAUGUACAUCGAAUUGGCAGAGUAGGAAGAGCUGAAAGGAUGGGUCUGGCUAUUUCCCUGGUGGCAACAGAAAAAGAGAAGGUUUGGUACCAUGUAUGUAGCAGCCGUGGAAAAGGGUGUUAUAACACAAGACUCAAGGAUGAUGGUGGCUGUACCAUAUGGUACAAUGAGAUGCAGUUGCUGUCUGAGAUAGAAGAACACCUGAACUGUACCAUUUCUCAGGUUGAGCCAGAUAUAAAGGUACCAGUGGAUGAGUUUGAUGGGAAGGUUACCUAUGGUCAAAAAAGGGCUGCUGGUGGUGGAAACUAUAAAGGCCAUGUGGAUAUUUUGGCACCUACAGUUCAAGAGUUGGCUGCCCUUGAAAAGGAGGCGCAGACAUCUUUCCUGCAUCUUGGCUACCUUCCUAACCAGCUGUUCAGAACCUUCUGAUUUUAACAUACACUGAAUAAGAUUUGAAUAAUAAAAGUCUGUGAUCUUAAAACUCUAAAACAGUUGUACUGCUUCCAAGCAGCAGUAUUUAUAGUAACUUAAGCUAUUAGUGCUAACUCUUGCAUGUCAAGAAACAUUAGUCUUAGGAAUUCUUCAUAAAAUGGCAAGCUAAUGAAAAUAAUAAAUUUGAUGACUAUAUCUUCAUGAA